AUGUUUAAACCGGCACGACACGGUGAAGUGGGUGGGGUAAGCUUACAGAGGUCACAACAGCAGAAACCGCUUCGAUCACAUGACAGACUUAAUCUGUGCGCAGAGAUGUCGCACAAAAUUGUUAAUUUGAGAGUGAGGGAUGUGAGGUUCCCGACGUCCCUGGAGCAGCACGGCUCAGACGCGAUGGUAAGAAGUUUGUGCAGCUCGUUCUCCACGCGCGUGCAUGUUCGCAUUCACAGACACAGUCACAAGAAUGAGACCUUUCCCCCCCCUCUCAUGUCCACGCUGCAGCACACCGACCCGGACUACUCGGCCGCCUAUGUGGUCCUCGACACGGACAGCGGCCUCAAAGGUUUCGGCCUCACGUUCACGUUGGGAAAAGGCACCGAGAUCGUGCUGUGUGCUGUCAAGGCCCUUGCAGGACUAGUUAUCGGCAAAUCUUUGCAGGAGAUUGUGAGUAACUUCCGUGGAUUUUACCGCCUCCUGACCAGUGAUGGCCAGAUGAGAUGGUUAGGCCCAGAGAAAGGAGUGAUCCACCUGGCCACUGCUGCAGUCCUGAAUGCUGUGUGGGACCUCUGGGCAAGAGCUGAAGGCAAGCCGCUGUGGAAGCUGCUCGUGGACAUGGACCCGAAGCAGAUUGUGUCGUGCAUCGACUUCAGAUACAUCACUGAUGUGCUUACAGAGGAAGAAGCUCUGGACAUACUUGUGAAAGCACAGGAGGGCAAGAAGCAGAGAGAGGAUCAGAUGCUGAAAGAGGGUUAUCCUGCAUAUACCACCUCCUGUGCUUGGCUCGGAUACUCAGACCAGCAGCUCAAGCAGCUCUGCUCGGAUGCUCUUAAAAGCGGAUGGACCAGAUUUAAGGUGAAGGUUGGCGCUGAUCUAGAGGACGACAUACGCCGGUGCCGCCUCAUAAGGAAAAUGAUUGGACCCAGCAGCACAUUGAUGAUCGACGCCAACCAGAGAUGGGACGUAGCCGAGGCCAUAAGUUGGGUGUCCAGACUGGCUGAGGUCAAACCCCUUUGGAUCGAGGAGCCCACGUCUCCAGAUGACAUCCUGGGUCAUGCUGCUAUUUCCAAGGCUUUGGCUCCACUGGGGAUUGGAGUGGCAACAGGCGAGCAGUGUCACAACAGGGUGAUGUUUAAGCAGUUCCUGCAGGCCUCUGCACUGCAGUUUGUCCAGAUAGACAGCUGUAGGCUGGGCAGUGUCAACGAGAACCUGGCCGUGCUGCUGAUGGCUUACAAGUUCCAAGUGCCUGUGUGUCCUCAUGCCGGUGGAGUCGGGCUCUGUGAGCUCGUCCAGCAUCUGAUUCUGUUUGAUUACAUCUGCGUGUCUGCGGAUCUCAGGAACCGAAUGUGUGAAUAUGUAGACCACCUCCACGAGCACUUCACUAGUCCUGUAGUGAUUCAAGACGCCCACUAUAUGCCACCGAAGGAUCCAGGCUAUUCUUGUGAGAUGCUGGAGGAAUCUGUGAACCGACAUGAGUACCCUGAAGGAGACAUAUGGAAACAGGAAAUACAGAAAUAGGGACUGUAUUUUAAACAUUUUACAUUUGUACAGUACAAACAUUGGAGGGGAAUAAACAUUCUGAAAUUGUCACAUAAAAGGACUGGACUGAAAAUGUCCAAAGAAAAAGUCUUUUAGAAAGCCUGGGGAACUGAAAUUAACUUUCUCCAGAGCUCUUUUUCUGUUAAAUAGAAUAUUUUUCUUCUUACUGAUCAAAGUGCCAAGUUUUAGUGAAUCAUUUGAUUUUUUUUUAAAUACUCUUUGGUCUUUCCUUUAUAAUGUAAAGUGCUGUGAGAAAACUGCUGCUGUGAAAUAGAACUAUAUUAAUGAAACUUGAAAAAUUACAAGUCAAGCUGUAAACCUUGUAUUAAGUCCUCUUAAGUAAUCAGAUUGUGGUCAUCUUUCCUUCAUAAGCACUUGUCAUGUAAAUCCUCUAAAUUCUGUCUUCUGAAGAAUUUCCCUCCUAUGCAGUGCUUUGCAGCAGAAACCCAUUAACAAGAUAUCUGAAGGCCGCUACCCUGUUUAAGCCAAACAGUUCAUGGGUGUACAACUCCAGUUCAUCAGUUAGCAUAUAGGAAGUUGCAAAUACAUGAAAUUAAAGACUUGUGGACAAAGCUGUAAAGUAGGCAACCUGGGCUCACUGUAUGUGACACCCUUUACUUAGUUUUAAUUGGUAAACCCGUCCUUUAUUAGGAUAUAUGAACAUAUCUUUUAACUUUUGUGACGUCUUGCAAAGUCACAACUAGCAUCUUCAAGCUCUUUAAAUAAACUAAAAAUCAAAGCAAACUCUCCACUUACCCACCAGUGUCAUAUUUUGUACUAAAUGUACAACUAGAUUGCGCUCAAGCUGACAAAGUUAACAUCUUUAUUUACAGACUUAGAUAAUUAUUCAUUUAAAACACAAAACAAAGAACUUGAAGAGAGAGAAAAAAAACACUUUGAAGUGCUUAAGGCUUAAAAGAGAGUUCACCCAAAUCAGACAGAAAAAAACUGAACUUUUAGCAUGAGUGAAGCAGGCAUACAUUACAGUGGAGAGCAUACUGUUCAUUCAUAACAACGUUGUGACUUGAGUUUACACAGCCAUCUUCAUUUUGAUUGUGGGAUGUGGGUUGUAGUCGUAGAUCUCAAAGUCCUCCGUGCGGAAAUCAUCGAUUUUCUCCACUUUUCUCAGGAUCCUCAGUUUGGGGAAUGGUCGGAUCUCUCGCUGAAGCUGCACAUGAAACACAAACAAACGUGCUCACCCUGAUGAACCACAGCAGCUCCUCAAGGAUCCCUCUCCAGAACACUCUCUUUGUUGUCAACAGGGGAAACUGGUCUGUGAAAGAUUGCAAUUAAAAAAAAAAAAGAAAACGUUACGUGAUGUUGCUGAGGAAGUAGGAAGCAGCUGUCAUUUGCAGAUGGGUGUUUAUGCAACGACUACCUUUAUUUUAUAUUUUAAUGUUAUGCCACUUUAUACUUGUAAGUCAAUUACAGCGGUUAGCAGACUAAAAGGUGCAGAUUACUUUGUUUUAGGAAGACUUUUUCAUAUUACUUCAUGCAGUCCUUCUGUUUUCAGUACUUUUAACACACAGAUACAAUGCCAUGCUAGCUGUAAACUGUACCUCUCAGGCUGUAUCUGACUUGAGCGCCGAACAGGGACAGGACUCCAGUGUUAGUUCGGUCCCCCUUUAAGCGGCCGUUCUCCAAGAUGUGCCCCACCAGACUCAGAUAUCCUUGUUCAUCACAGAAAAAUCCAGAGUUUUUCUGCUUCUCGGCCGCCGUCGUCAGCCGCUGCUUUUCCUCUUUCUCACAGCUGCCCUGCUUCGGCAGCUCCCCGGCGUGUAUUUCAGAAGUUGCGGGCAUUUUUGUAAAUAAACUAUUUCAGUGUU